AUAUGACUUUGUCACGUGAUCCAGGGUGGCACAGGACGCAGGAAGACGUAAACCGCAGUCUGAAGUUCAUCCGUCUGUCUGUCAAAAUCGUUAAAUGCCUAAAAGCGCCCUUUUAAGAUACAGACGUCACAAACUCUCUACGUACCAAACAUGGGGGACAAACCAAAGCUAAAAGGUGCACAAGACUUAACAGCACAGAUGGAAACAACUAUGCAGGAAAUCAACAAAAAAUUCCAAGCAAUGUCCGACCAAAUUGUAACACGAUUGGAGGAAAUGGGAACGCGCAUCAAUGACUUGGAAAAAAAUGUAGCAGACCUAAUGCAGCAGGCCGGAAUGGAGGAGCCAGAAGCGGCAACAGAGAUAGACCCAAAGAGACAGUAAAGGGACCUUAUCUGCCAAAGUGGAGGAGGAAGACAUCUCCCUCUCCUGUAACCAAUGAAGUGCCUUCACCUUUACUAACUGCUUUGUCCACUUUCAUAAAACAUUUUUUUUAUUUUGUAUAAAAUAAAUAUCCAUCAUGGGGGAAAACAC